ACAAGCUCUCAGCUCAAAGGCCCGUGUGGUGACGUUAUCCCUCAAGCCUGCAAAGCUGGAGCCCUUAUUUUUUAUAUAUAUUUGUUGUCCCUGUCGAUCACGGCUCUUUUCGGCUGAACUCUCGUGCCUCUCUCAAAAAAGGUGAAACGAGUUAUCACAUGCUGGGCAUUUCCGUUUUUAUCACUGUGGCUGCCUCGUUGACUCAGACGUGCUACACAUAAUCAACCAAUCUAACAAAGUGGCUGAACAAGUGUUCACCCUUUCUCUUUACAGCCCAUCAGCUUCUACUCUUACUUUCUACUCUCAGCUCUUCUCACCGUUCAGUAUUCUACAAAUAUGUCGUCGUCCCAGGAUACAUCAACGGCCCUCGUGGUCACAACGACAGUUUUCUCAACUAUUGCCUUUCUCGCUAUCGCCCGCUCAUUUCUCUACCCUGUGCGCCCAAAAACCAUUCGUAAUCCGCUCAAGGCGGGCGUGUACGACAAGGCCAAUGCUGAUAAGUUGAAGAAUCUUGUUUAUCAACCUGAUCAGUUUCCUGGCGCUCGAGAUGUCGAAACUCCAUACGGAAGCAUUCGUGUUUACGAGUUUGGCCCUGAGGACGGUGAAAAGGUCUUCUUUGUGCACGGCAUCAGCACACCCUGCAUCACCCUCGGGCCCAUAGCUCUCGGGCUCGCCAAACGAGGCUAUCGUGUGAUGCUCUUUGAUCUCUUUGGACGUGGUUUCUCCGACGGUGUCGCUGAUAUUCCCCACGAUGCCCGUCUCUACGUCUCCCAAAUGCUUCUCGUCCUGGCUUCCAGCCCUCUUGCAUGGACCGGGACAAAUGCCCUACGCCUUGUGGGCUAUUCUCUGGGUGGCGGUAUCGCGGUUCACUUUGCCAACGCGUUUCCGAACCUUGUGCGCGACCUUGUACUCCUCGCACCUGCAGGUCUAAUCCGAGCCGCCUCCUUUGGCCGCGUCUCUCGAUUCCUCUUCGUCUCUGGCCUCGUCCCGGAGCGCAUUUUGGCCGUUGCUACGCGCAGCCGUCUUCAAAAACCUAUUGCCGCUUCAGCUAAGCCACCUCCUAAGACGCCCAUUGAGGCCAUCACUACGCCACCACUCCAUGUUGCCGAGGCAGAAGUGGUUCCAGCAUCCGGUGAGGCCGUUACGCCGUUGGAGCAACGUGUUAUGGAGUAUGUGCGCUGGAUGGUCACGCAUCACCACGGUUUCGUCCCAGCCUUCAUGUCGAGCAUUCGCUUUGCACCCCUAACCGAUCAGCAUGACGCCUGGGCCAAGUUGUCCAAGCGUGCUCCUGGUACUACAGCUAUUUUACUAGCUAGAUCUGAUGAGAUCAUUGAUCCGGACUCCUAUCGCCGGGAUGCACUAUCUCUCGUCGGAGGUGAGCAUCAUGUCCGCUGGCGAAUCCUGCCAGGGAGCCACGAUUUUGUUAUGACUCAUGCCGGAGAUAUCCUCAGCGAGAUUGACGACAUGUUCAAUGCUACUAAGGCGUGAUGAUACUCAUGUUUUGUCACAUCACAAUUUGAUCUCUUCUACGACAGGCUUUCAGACAUUUACAAACAGCGAGAGCAGGGAGUUGGGUUAUCAGGAGUUUGUUAUAUUCAUGCCCUUUGUGUUUCCGGUAUAGAAUAUAGAGUAGAGAGCAAAUGACAUUCUGGAUUCUAUA